AUGCCAGUCAAGAAGCGGCGACUAUCUCCCUCGGCGUCAUCCGCAUCUUCCACUCCCGCACCAUCUCCCAUCCCACCCGAAUCUUCCACAUCAGCACUUCCUUCUUCCUCUUUGGCUCAAGAGGGUCUAGCAGGACCAGGACCUUCCACUCUAUCGAAUCAGUAUCAAUCACGGAGGGAGAGAAAUGAUGCUGCUGAGAGAAGGGAGUACGCCAGACUGGGUGUACAGCAGCCUGGUUCUGGAGAUGGGCAUGAAUUCGGGGAAGAAUGUUUCUUGUGGGCAGAUAUACCCGUUUCAAAGGGUUUCCGUUAUAUCCCCUGUGCUAUAUCUCCCGCUCCCUCACCUCACCCUCGGUACCCAUUCUACCGUACUAUCCCGUAUCCACCACCGCUCCCCCCAGUCCAUAUAUCAUGGCUAGACCGAUCUUCUUAUCUGCGUAUAUCACCCACUGCAUUAACCAUGUCAAAUGAUCGUGGAUUUAGAAGUGCCAGAGCCAACGUAGCUGUGAGAGAAGGGAGAUGGUACUACGAAGUCAAGAUCGAACGUGGGAAUGGAUCCUUAGGUGGUGGUAAAGGUCAUCUGAUGAGUAGUAAUCCGCACGUCAGAAUCGGUUGGGGGAGGAGAGAAGCCAAUCUGGAUUCACCUGUCGGAUCGGACGCUCAUAGCUACUCCAUAAGGGAUGUCAAUGGCGAGAAGGUCCAUAUAUCUCGACCUAAAUCCUACGCUGGCAAAUCUUUCCAAACAGGUGAUAUCAUAGGUUGUUUGAUCACUCUACCGAAAAGGCCUCCUCCUCCGAGUGGUAAGAAUGAUCCAGCGAAAAUCAAGAGAUUUAGAAGACAAUUCGUGUACAAGAAUCAAAGUUAUUUCGAAUCGAAUGAAUAUAUACCUUCGAAAGAGAUGGAUAGUCUGAUCGAUAGAGAAGGAAAAUUAUCUGCUGAGAAGAAACAAGGGCUGAACGGUGAUGCAGCACAUGAUGGACAAGGUGAUGGGCAGAUAAAUGGAGAAAUCAACGAGAAUAGGACUAUACCCAAGAAGGGAGGCGGUAAGAAAGGGGCCACAACGAAGAAUACCAAGAAGAAUAAGAACGAACCUAAUGCAUCUCUGAGUGAAGGAGUCACGAACAUCUCUAGACCAUUGAAGAGAUUGGAUGGAUCCAAAAUUGAAUUUUACCUUAACGGUGAACACCUAGGUGUAGCUUUUCAAGAUUUAUACGAUUUCAUUCCCCUACCACCUAUCAAUACCGCUUUGUCUUCUGGACACGGUAAGAAAUCUCAUGAUACCGAAAUCGUACACGACGAUGGAACGUUGGGAUAUUAUCCUAUGAUAUCAUGUUUCGGUAAAGGCAAAGCUAGAUUCAACCCUGGACCGGAUUUCACUUAUCCACCAGCAAAUCUCUCUCAACAGGAUGACAAUGGUGAUGGAGAUGAACGGAUCAGACCCAUCUGUGAACGAUGGGAAGAAUUCAGAUUAGAAGAGCAAAAACAUGACGAACAAGAUGAAAUUGAGGGUAAGGAGGUGUUACAGAAACUGUUGGAAGAUGAGAAGAAAGCUGCGUUACAAUCUUCCAAUUCGAUGAAGAGAAAGAAAGGACAGUCGGGCAAGAAAAGCAAGAUCGGUGAUAUUACCGAUAGGAUACGUGGAAGGGGGGAUACGAUGACUCCUUCACUUGAUAUCGAGAGUGAAGGAAGAGAUAGAUCGGUUUCUAUAGCGCCAUCUCUGAUCAACUCUGUUCCUCCUACCAGGGGUUCAUCACCCGUUUCGGUCACUAUGGAGAAUAAGAUAUACAAGGAGAUUGCGGAACAGGAAGUAGUGGAAGAUACGCCCAAGUCACCUGCACCGCUAGACAAUGAGGUCGGUGAUGGGGUAGUAGAGCAGACUAGUGAAGAAGAGAGGAUGGAAGAGGUUGGGAAGGAGGAAGAACAUGAAAAUGGUGUGAAGGAAGAAGAAGAUGGAGAGGAGGGUGUGAAGUGGUAG